AUGAGUCCAUACAAAGGAGAAAAUGUAAGAUAUCACUUGGAAGAUUUUCGACGUGCUCGAACAAGGCAAUUACGUGCACCAACUGGAAAGAAAGAAAAAUUCAAUUAUCUACAUUCGUCGUGCAGAAAUAUUGUUGAACGAACUUUUGGUGUGUGGAAAGCACGUUGGUCUAUUUUGAGAGAUAUGCCUACCUUCCAUAUUGACACACAACGAGAUAUUGUGCUUGCGACUAUGGCAAUCCACAACUACAUUAGAAAAAAGAACACACCAGACAUGGCUUUUCAAGUAGCUGAGAAUGAAACAUAUAUGUCUUCAUUAGAUGGAGAAGGAGCACCCUCGUCGGAUGGAGAUAAUGCUUUUACCAAUGAUGAUUAUUUUACCAAUGGUGAAAAUACUGCUUAUUGGAUGGCUAUGCGUGAUUUGAUUGCAACUGAAAUUUGUACCAUAUAG